CCCGCACAUUCACCGUAGUGUACAUCACACGCGGCCAACCCAUCGACCGUCCGCUACAGUUGCUCGCCCGCGUCCGGCAGAUCAGUCAGACAAAUUUUUUUUUCCAAAACGCGCUCGCUCGCACUCCCGCACACACGUCGUUCUCGCAUGCUUAUGUACAAAAUAUAAGUACGAAAUACGCGUAUAUAAUAAGCGCCGGCACUGCUGCUGCUGUUGGGACGUCGUAUAAUAUCUGUCGCGUGUGUGCGUUUGUGUGAGUGUUUGUGUGCACUUUACACGUAUACGACAGGUAUACGUGUGCAUGUGUGUGUGUUUUCGCGAAAAUAAACAAAGUAAUCAACAGAGUAAAAACUCUGUUUAUAUUUCAAAGCCGUACUGUGAUAUACGGCUGCGGCGCUGCUAGUAAAGCGGUGCAACUGCGCAGUCAUCGUCUGUAACAGGGUUCGGCGCGACCCGUAUACGGUACGAGGGAGACCGGGCCAAGACGCGGUCAACGCGACUGCCAAGUGCAAGUGGCAGAGUCACGCCGGAAAACACAAACGAUCGGCUGACAAAAGACUUGUGGUCAAUCAUCGUCAACAGUUGCUGCAUCGAUAAUACAGCAGCUUAUAUUAUCGUAUUGCCCAAAUAUCUAAGGCAAAUCAAAAUGACAUCACCACUGACCUCGACGACAUCGGUCCGACGGUGUUCCGUCCUGACCACCACUUUACUGCUGUUGUUAGCGGUAGCCGCCAAUUUUCCAUCCGGCGCCCUAUCGUCUGCCAUACGUCCUGCGUCAUCUGCUGUGUCCACCGACGUCGCAGCUGGUUCUUCCCCGUUAGUUCCGAGCAAUUGGCACGGGACUCCGAACGUUCCCGCUGACGUGCCAGCGUCGGACGCCGGAAGGACUGUUGUUAGAGAAAAAAGGACGUUGCUCAAACUUAAGCCGCUCAUCGUGUUGCCGGUCAAGGUCGCGCUGGGCACUGGCGCCAAGUUGGUAGCAGGAGCUAAGCUUGGAGCCAAGGCUGUUGGAGUAGGUUCGAAGGCACUGGGUGUCAGUCUCGUUGGAUUGAAAGCCGCUCAUAAAGUGGCAAAAGUGACAGUAAAGGCAGCCACAGCGUUGGGAGUCAAGGCGGUUCUGCUCAACUUCUUGUUUCAGAAAAUCAAUCAGGUGAUCGAUUUUAAGACCCGUUUACUAAGUAACCUUGACCAGCGCAACCGGCAGCAGAAUGCACAAUUUCUGUCACCAGUGUUGACCCAAUCCUCUUCGUCAGCAAAAUCGGGAUCGAUCGGAAACAAGGAAGACGACGACUUUCUGGCAUCGGCACCAGGCACCAGCGAUCAACAAGUGUUGGCCCAAGAGCAGAUAAAAUCUUCAGCCAUAGCACCAGCGGUUGCACCACUGGAAGACGAUAGCGAGGUGACAUUUGAUGCCAACAAAGUCACUCUUCAGAUCCCAGACAGGCUGUUCGGUCCCAGUUUCACAGCCGUCAACGGCAUAUCACAGACAAUCGGAAACGUCAUACAGAACGCGGCCGGCAGACUGGCCCGACUCGUGGACGCCAUCAAGGCGGCCUUUUGGCGCAAAGCGGCCGGCGUCUCGGCCAUCAGCAAUUCGAGCGGCAGCAGCAGCGGCGGCGGCGGCGGCGGCGGAAGUUCGUCGACGCGUCGGCCGACGGCCAACAGAGGAUCCCGAGACGCAGCGGCCGACCUGCAGAACAACGACGACGACGGACUGGACUUGGACCCGCUGGACGAGGCCGCGUCCGCGUCGUCGCCCGCGUCGCCCGCAAAACCGAACGCGACCGGCCGGGCGGAUGGCGCCGGCAACAAUCAGUGAUGCCGCCCGCGGCGACGUUGUGCGGCAGUCGUCGGUGCGUGUGUAUCGGCGAGUCGUCGUCUCUCGGUCGGCGCGACGACGACGUCGUCGUUAUUGGACGUCGUCGUCGCCGCAUGUCGCCGUGAAACGACAUCGAUACCACGACGUCGUCCGUUCGCGCGAGUCGAAUGGCCGCCGUACGUAAUGUACGCAUUUGAUGCUGCGCGGUGACUGUCAGCAGCCGGAACGGUCGGUAUCGCUGUGACGAUGACAACUCGUUCAAAAAUUACGCGACAUCGAUCUGCGAUGAUGGCCAUCGGCAUUCACGCGACUUCCGCUCGCGCGGUAAUCGAUUAUUAUCGUCGACUCCGCAGCUCAUCGCAUUACAUUACAUUACUCUGUCGUUUAGAACCACUGCACAGACGCGCGUACAACAUUCUCCCGGCACCAGGGACGUAUACGCACACGAGGGGUGUUUGAGCGUUCAAACACCUCCCCCGAAAUAUUUGGUUUUUUUUUUUUUUUUUUGAAAAAUCGGCUAAAGCAAGACAAAAAUAAGAUUUAAAACAAUUUGAGAAAAACAAAAACACUUAAACGAGAUUAUCGACUGAUUUUCAUAAACACUCCCCGAAACUUUUUUUUUUGCGUACGUCCUCCCAAAACGUGUCCGAUGUAUUUAUAUUAUAAGGAAAAUGUAUCGAAUAGACUUAAACGUAGUUUAUAUUCUAAUUACAUGCUGUAUAUAAGUGUAAACGGGGCUAUAUAUUGUUGUAAAUAAUUUUUAUUUAUGUAUUUUAUAUUAUUUUUAACGAUAAUCAAAAUUAAACGAGAAAAACGUAGUAUUAGGUGUAUAGCGUGUAGUAUACGGGGUAGUAUAUUAUAUGUAUUACUAUUGCCAUGUGACGUUACACCGUGCACUACUAAUGACAUAUAACAAUAUUAACUUUAAAGGUAAAUGUACUUAAAUGUUGUAGUAUAAAAUAUUAAAUUAUAAACGUAGUUGUAAACAUAUUUUAUCGACUACCUACACGAUGUAUAUCGUCAACAUUUGUUGUUGCACACCUCAUACUGUACAUUAUUAUUAUUAUUAUAACAGCAUAUAUUUUUUUCACACUGUUGUAUUUUUAUAUUAUAAUGUUUUAUUGUUUUGUAUCUAUAACGCGUAUUAUAGGGCUCGUAAUCAAUUGUAUCCAUAAAUUAGUUAGUAGAUUUAUAUUAUACAUAAAUGUUUACCUGUAACUUCUACGUGUAUGUGCGAAAAAUAUACGUUAUAUCAAUCAACUGCCAA